GAUCACCCGUUGUUUCAGUAUUUUGUUGCAGAUCGAGAUAGUUCGCCCGCAGUAGCAAUGGCCCCUAGACUUUCAUUCUCGGUCUUUGCCAUCGCAUUGCUUCUUGUAGGAACUUCGGCUUUUGCUAAGCAAGAACAGAUAAAUUCAAUUUCGUUCAGUUAUGUCGGCACGACUGGCCCAGGACACUGGGGAAACUUGAACCCAAAUUACACGACCUGCUCACAUGGGAAAUGGCAAUCUCCGGUGAACAUUGUGAGGGAGAAGGUUGUCCGUAAUAAAAAAUUGAAGCCCUUGACCAGAGAUUACGCAGCUGCCAAUGCCACACUGGUCGACAAUGGCUUUAACAUUGCGAUAAGAUUUGAGGGACACGUGGGAGUGUUGGUUGCAGACGGGAAGAACUUCACCUUCAAACAAAUGCACUGGCAUUCUCCUUCUGAGCAUCAGAUUGAUGGAAAAAGAUUUCCAGUGGAGAUGCACUUGGUCCACCAGGCAGAUGACGGCAGCUUCGCAGUUGUGUCAGCACUCUACCAUUAUGGUGAUCCCGAUCCUUUUAUUUCUAAGAUAAAGAGCAAGAUGGAUGAACUAGCCAAGAAAGAACGUGAGGGGCAUGAAGAGGCACAAAUCUCGCUUGGAGUCAUGAAGACCAAGUACUUGAGUCGAAACACGCGCAAGUAUUACAGAUACUUUGGUUCCCUCACCACUCCACCGUGCACCGAGAAGAUCAUGUGGAACAUUGUCGGCAAGGUGAAAUCAGUCUCAAAGGAUCAAGUAAAGGCUCUCAAAGCACCAUUGGUUUCAAGUUGCAAGAACAACUCCAGGCCUGUACAGCCACUGAAUGGGCGUCAUAUUGAGGUAUAUCAUGAUGAUGAGCUUCGCGGCAACUGAUUAGUUUUAAUUUUCUCCUCGCCGCUGAAUUAUAAGAGCUGCUUUAUGUUUUUGGCUCAUGUAUGAACAUUUUAUGACCUAAAACUAAAUUAUGCUCAGCUUGUUUCAA